AUGAGCUCCCACCAGCAGAAGCAGCCCAGCACCCUCCCCGCCGAGCUUGACCCGCAGCAGGUGAAGAAGCCCAGCCAGCCUCCGCCCUCAGGACCAUGCUUUCCCCCCAAAAUCGAGGAUUCAAGCUACGUCGACUUGCCAUCUCCUGGCCACGCCAAGGUGCCAGAGCCGGGCUACCCCAAGAAUCCCGAACCGGGACACCCCACUUUUCCUGAGCGGGGUCACGCCAAGGUCCCUGAGCCCGUCCACCCUAAAGUCCCUCAGCACAGUCAGUCAAAGGUUCCUGAGCCACAGCCUCCAAAGGUCGUUCCAGGCUCAGGCCAGAAGACCAAGCAGAAGUAA